AAUCGAAAGGAUAUCGGCGACGUGAGAGAUAAUGCUCGUUUGGUAUUUUGGUUAUUAAUUGUAAUUGUGAAAUUGUUUACAAUUGUUUUGGCCACGUGAGCGUGCACAUUAUUUAUAUUUUCCGGGCAUGGACGACUUCUCGCGUCAACAGAUCGAUGACUGGCACCUGCGCCCGCCCAGCGAUGUGCGCACAACAAAUGUGCCGGCGGCGCCAAAAUCCGUGCCAGACAAUAAAUCACGCAAAACUGAGCUGCACGUGCUGCGAUUAAGCGAUGAGUCACAGCAGCUAACAAUGGACACGUUGCGCUCAGUACAUGGUCCGGAUUUUAAGUUGGACGACAUUGGCAAAUACAAGGACCGAGGUCGUGGCGGCAAGGGCAUUAAGCACGCCUACUGGGAGGAUAGGGGAACGCUGCAAGUGCAGAGUGUGCAGGGCGUCAGUGGACCAAGCAGCACGGCCGACGAUGAUCGACUGCGUCGCUAUGCGCUGCUUAAAUUGGAGAGUUACGCAUUUCAGCCAGAGCACUGCCUAGAGGCUUACGAGCAUUGCUCUAACGAUACGGAGGCAGCGCUGCUACUACUCUAUAGACGCUACAUGCGCAUCCCCAACGAUGAACCGACGGCAUUGGAUGUGCCCGAUGAGGCGGCGCUGCUGGAUAUGCGUGCCGAUGAGAAGGAGGCGCUGCAAUCCAUCUAUGAACGGGCGUAUGAGGAGCGUGAAUACAAUAGCGUUUGGAAUCUAAAGUUCAAAAUCGAACAUCUGCUUGCCCACAGUCCGUCGGAGGUGCGGAAAGCACGUGAAGCCGUCAAUGCGGCAGCAGCUGCUCUCCGCCAGGCAGCACUGGACAAGAAGAAGAAGCCGCCGCAACGUUGUCGCAAUUUCGAUCGCGAUGGCACUUGUAAAUUUGGGCCCAAGUGCCGCUUUGCGCAUGUGCCGCCCCAACCGGAGGAGCUGAGUACGCCCGAGCGCAAGCGUGCCGAUAAUCUGGAUGAGAAUGAAAAUGAGCUGUGGUUUCAUGUAGAGAUACGCUUUCCCCCCGGAAGUCGCUAUCCGUACGAGGCGCCCUUUAUCUAUCUGAAGACCACUUGUCAUGAUAUUCCGCAUGAGCUGCGUUUGCGCUUUGCUCGGCAUUUGUAUCGGAAGGCUCGUGAGAUUUGUCGGUAUGGCACACCCUGCGUCUAUAGCGUCUGUGACAUGCUGCAAACGGAUGAGGGAUUGGCUGACAGUUUGGACAUCACACGCUUUCCCUCGCCCAAGCAUUCGCUCUUUCACGAGGAGCCCAAUGGCGGCGAUGUCGAUGGCAAUGCGGGUGGUGCGGCUAUAGCGCCUCGGCCCAGUCACUAUGAGCGUGGUCAGACUGCGCGCAAUGAUGGCAAUACCCAGCGACGCAAUGCAGCUGAACUGGCGCGUGAGAAUCGUCGUCUUCUGCAACUGUUUAACGAGCGACGUCGUGAUGAGCGAUAUCACAAACUCAUCGAGGCUAGAAGGAAGCUGCCUGCUUUUGCUGAAAUGGAGCACAUACUGGCGUUGAUUGAUAGCUCACCAGUGGUGGUCAUCUCCGGUGAGACGGGUUGCGGCAAGAGCACACAGGUGCCUCAAUUCAUUUUAGACAAUUGGUUCUUCAAGGCACUGCAGCUGCCUGCCAAGUCGGAUUUACCUCAUGUGGAGAUUCUGUGCACACAACCGCGUCGCCUGUCCGCGAUUGGUGUUGCGGAGCGUGUUGCAAACGAGAGGCUGGAUCGCAUCGGGCAGCUGGUGGGCUAUCAGAUACGUCUGGAGAACAAGAUUUCGGCUAGCACAAGGCUCAGCUUCUGCACGACAGGCAUCCUUUUGCGUCGCCUCGCAUCCGAUCCGCUGCUGAGCAAUGUGACCCACGUCAUUGUCGAUGAGGUGCAUGAGCGAUCGCAGGACUCGGAUUUCUUGCUGCUCAUACUUAAGAAUAUUUUGCGCGAGCGCAAGGAUCUCAAAAUAAUACUCAUGUCCGCCACGCUGAAUGCGGCUCUCUUCUCCGAUUACUUUGGCGGUGCUCCCGUGUUGGAUAUACCGGGGCGCACCUUUCCCGUGCAGCAGCUGUUCCUUGAGGAUAUAUUGGAUGCGAGUGAUUUUGUCAUGGAAUGUGACACGAAGUUCUGUCGCAAGCUCAAGAAGAAGGAGCAGGAUGCCCUGGAGCAUGCGCUAGAAUUUGCUGAUGUUCAGGCAUCGAGUGAACCGCCGGGCCAAAAGGUCAAGGACGAGAAUCUUACCCUAGCCGAAACAUAUGCACGUUAUGCGGACUUCAGCAAGACGACGUGCAAGAACAUCUACCUCAUGGAGCCGAUGAUGAUAAAUCCGGAGCUAAUUGAAUCCGUGCUCAAGUACAUUGUGGAGGGCGAACACGAAUGGCCACACGAGGGUAGCAUCCUCAUCUUUUUGCCCGGCUUCCAGGAGAUACAGUCAGUGCAUAAUGCACUCCUGGACAGCUCGAUAUUUGCGCCGCGUGCUGGCAAAUAUGUGCUGGUGCCAUUGCAUUCGGCGCUCUCUAGCGAGGAUCAGGCGCUGGUUUUCAAGCGUGCACCGGCAGGCAAGCGGAAAAUUGUCCUUAGCACGAAUAUUGCUGAAACAUCGGUUACAAUCGAUGACUGCGUUUUUGUCAUCGACUGUGGCUUGAUGAAGGAGAAGGGUUUCGACUCGAACCGCAAUAUGGAAUCAUUGGAUCUGGUAUGGGUAUCGCGUGCUAAUGCCAAACAACGCAAAGGUCGAGCCGGUCGUGUCAUGCCUGGAGUUUGUAUUCAUUUGUACACCAGCUAUCGCUAUCAACAUCAUAUCCUGGCACAACCGGUGCCCGAGAUACAGCGUGUGCCGCUCGAGCAAAUUGUACUGCGCAUCAAGACACUCCAGACGUUCGCGUCACGCAACACAUUAGCUGUUCUGUUGGAGACACUUGAGGCGCCCAAGGAAGAUAGCGUCCUGGGUGCCCUAAUGCGCCUGCGCGAUGUGGGCGCUUUGGAUGCUGAUGAUCAAUUAACACCGCUGGGUCAUCAUCUUGCCGCGUUGCCUGUCGAUGUCCGCAUUGGCAAACUGAUGUUGUACGGAGCGAUCUUCCAGUGUCUGGACAGCGUACUUACCAUUGCCGCCUGUCUCAGCAACAAGUCACCCUUCCUCAGUCCAUUAAAUAAGCGCGUUGAGGCGGACAAACGCAAGCGACAAUUUGCCCUCGAUCACAGCGAUCAUUUAACCGUUCUCAAUGCCUAUCGAAAAUGGCUUGCAGUGGCGAAACGUGGCCAUUAUGGUGCCAGUCGCAAUUAUGCCAGCGAGAAUUAUCUAUCUAUCAAUACGCUGGAGACGAUAGCUGACCUUAAGUAUCAGUAUCUGGAGCUGCUCGUCUCCAUUGGUUUUGUGCCUGUGAAUGUCCCCCGCAGACGGUCAAAUGCCAGCGACAAUAUUCUACAGUUAACAGGACAUGAACAGAAUGUGAAUGGUGAGAAUAAUCGCUUGCUUACCUCGCUGCUGUGCGCUGCUUUAUAUCCGAACAUUGUCAAGAUUAUGACACCAGAUCGCAUCUAUAUACAAACCGCUGGUGGUGCUGUGCCCCGCGAACCAGGCCAUCAGGACUUGCGUUUUAAGACGCGCGGCGAUGGUUAUGUGCGCAUACAUCCCUCAUCGGUUAACUCACAGGUCUCUGUGUUCCAAGCACCAUUUCUCGUCUACCAGGAGAAAGUUAGCACCAGUUCCAUCUAUAUACGCGACUGCUCCAUGCUGCCACUCAUCGCGCUCGUGCUCUUCGCCGGCUCUGAUUUCAAGGUGGAGCUUCACGAUGGCGAUUUUCUCUUUCUGCUCGAGAGCGGCUGGAUUAUAUUGAAGGCGCACAAUCACGAAACUGCCGAGCUCGUCCAGUGCCUGCGCACGGAGCUGAUCAAGCUGCUCGAGGAGAAGAUACGCGAUCCGUGCCUUAAUUUGCUGCACCAUAAGAACGGCUGUAAGAUCAUCUCCAACAUCGUGUAUCUGAUAAGCAACAAUUACUGAUAUCAAAUGCAAUACAACGUUUACACUCAUGA